AUGUCUGAACCUACCGGUCUCAUUGAGCUCUACCGUGGGGAAGAUCCUGUCGUUGAGUCUAGUAUAGUUGCGGUUCAUGGUCUCAAUGGCCAUCCGCUGCGCACAUGGACCACAAAGUCCGGAAAGUGCUGGAUGAAGGAGCCAGACAUGCUACCGGCACAUCUGAAGCAGUCGAGGGUUCUGACUUACGGCUACAACGCGGACGUGCUGUCGGUUCUGGGCAAGGCUUCUGACGAUCGCAUCCUCGAACAUGCCCAUACACUUGUCGCCGAACUGGUUGCCGAUCGCCAGUUGGACAAAGCUGCUCGGAGGCCCCUCAUCUUUAUCUGCCAUUCGCUUGGAGGGAUCAUCGUCAAAAGAUCUGCGACACCACCGGGUGAACUUCUCGAUGCCCUCAAACCAGGGUCGCAAGUCUUGAAGGACAUCACCGACAUGUUUGCUCCGCUGAUGAAGAGAUUUCGCAUCUUCUUCUUCUGGGAGCAGGAGAAGACCAAUCUAGGUGCGACGACAGAUUAUAUUGUCACUGAGUCUUCGGCGGCGCCCAUCCUCGACGGUACGGAGCGUUGUGGUCUUGCUUAUGAUCAUCGACACAUGUGCAGAUUCGAGUCCCGGACUUCGCCUGGAUACAAAGUCGUAGUUGCCGCAUUGAUGCGUUAUUCUGAGGAUGCUGGGGCAAUUAUCGCCCAAAGAUGGCUGAACAACGACGCAACACUGAGUUCAGUGCGUGCAGGUGAAGCUGCAGAGCUCUUCCAAACAACCGAUCCGCGUCCGUUUGUGGAUGCUGGAGAGAAAUCGCAUUGA